AGAGAAUGACGUUUUCGACAAUGUUGGUAUUUCAGAUGUGAUCAAACAAUAAUUGCAUGAGUGCUCUAUCCUAUACUUCAUCUGUGGUAAAAUAUAAACAAUGAAAAAGAAUUUGACGAUGGAUGCGCGAAGACGUGAUAGAGAACAAAUUGGGUUAUGUGGAGUUGACAGAAUUUGGGGUAAAUCCCCGACGCGAAUUGAAGACUCCGACGAAGAUGAGGAGCUUAGCAAAUAUAAAGACAGUAUUGUGACAAGAGACAGGAAAAGGAAACACGAGAUGAAGAAAAAGAAAAGUAAAAAGUUAAAAAAGGAAAAGAAGGCUAAGAAAGAAAAGAAGAAGAAACGCAAAAAGAAGAAGAAGAAAUCUGAUAGUAGUUCUGACAGUGAAUCUGAAGAACUAGAAUGGGUAGAAAAGAACGGUGUUAAUGACAAAGCAAAGGUUAAGAAGGGAUCGAGUUCAGAUGACAGUGGCGAUGAAAGUGUAGUAGGACCAGUUCAAAAACCACAUGUAACAUUGUCUGCUAAAGAUUUUGGAAAAGCUUUGUUGCCAGGAGAAGGUGCUGCUAUGGCUGCGUAUGUUGCGGAAGGAAAACGUAUACCUAGAAGAGGUGAAAUUGGUCUUACAUCAGAGGAAAUUGCCUCGUAUGAAUCUGUUGGCUAUGUUAUGAGUGGCAGCAGGCAUCGCCGAAUGGAGGCUGUUCGUAUUCGUAAAGAGAACCAGAUUUAUUCUGCUGACGAGAAACGAGCAUUGGCUAUGUUCAGUAAAGAGGAACGACAGAAAAGAGAGAAUCUUAUCUUGGGACAAUUUCGAGAAAUGGUUAAUCAAAAGUUGGCACAGGAACAGAAAAACAAAUGAUUUUGUA